AUGAAUAAUUUAAGCUUUCAAGAUUUCGGGCCAAGUACCGUAAAUUCGAAUAAUGAUCCUCGACCUCCGGAUGGGCUUGGAGAUCAAUCCUAUCUAUUUACAUCUGAUCGAAUAAGUAAUCAAAGUAAUAUGAGGGAGAAGACGAACUUUUUAUCGUUCGAAUUUUACCAGCAGUAUUUUGAUGUUGACACUGAUCAGGUGUUAUCAAGAAUUUGGUAUAGUAUGUUGCCACGAUUUACGUCCAAUUUUAUCACUGAUCAUAUCCAACCACUUCCAGAUUUAUGGGGACCCGUUUGGAUAUCCAUUACUUUGGUAUUUUCCACAGCUAUUUGUGGUAAUCUUGCAAAAUAUAUUGAAACAUCAGGCACUAUUGCAAGCUACCAAUAUGGGAGUGACUUCAGAUUAGUUACUGGUGCUUCGACAGUUAUUUUCUGCUACGUCGUAUUGGUACCAUUUAUCCUUUAUUCUUUAUUUUGGUAUCGCAAAUCAUAUUUGCAAUAUUCAUAUUUGGAUAUACUUUGCGCUUAUGGCUAUAGCCUAUCAAUCUUUGUUCCUGUAUCGAUCCUUUGGAUUUUACAAGCACAGUGGUUUCGUUGGCUUCUUAUAUUUUUAUCAGUUGCACUAAGUGGAUCAGUGCUUGUAAGCAGCAUAUGGCCUGCAAUUAAAAACGAUAGCAAUAAAGCGAUCGCUUUUGGAACAAUACUUAGUAUUUUGCUGUUGCAUUCAUUAGUUGCAGUUGGCUUUAAAGAGUAUUAUUUCGAUGCAUCCUUGCCAAGUAGACUUGAGACCGAGAAUUUUCAUCUGUUACAUCAGCAAGUGCGAAACAUUGCUCAUUCACAUGCACGGUUGGAAGUUAAUCCUGCGGUGAACAGUUCAAUAGCGCCAAAUGAAACAGAAAAGCAACAAGUGAAAGCAGAGCAAUCGAAAGAAGUCAACGGAAACAUUGGGGUAAAGAGAAAUGAUACCUUAAUGGGAACUGCAAAACAAGUCAAUGUUACUAUGGUUCCAGAAGUUGCAACGAAGAUUUCGAAGCUUGUUUAGGUUGCUUAUUUCAUUCGACAAUGUGUUUUUUUCGAUUAGCUGUGAUUAUUAACUUAGCACGCUUGAUUAAUAGCCCAGGGCUAUGAAUACAUUUCAACAGUCCUUUAUCAACAAAAAUUGUUCAUAAAGAAAUGAAGCCUAAACGAAGGAUACUGUAGUGCAAUCGUAAUGCAAAAUAAGAUUCUUCGUCUUAAUAUUGAUCAUUUCCUUAUCUUUGAAAUCUCUGACCCUUUAACGGUUGAACGUCACUUGAUUCUGUAAAUAACGCUGUAAUGUCUAUUGGUACUACUUUUUUCAGUGCAUCUUGUUCAAACUCGAAC